AUGAUUUCCUCUAUUAUUGAAUACCUCGACCCUAAAUCCAGAGUAAAUUUGUCGAGAUGCUCGAAAUAUUUAUACAAAAUCGAUGCUAAAAUUCCACUAGUUCUGAAGGAGGUUCGUAUUGGCAGAAGAUUGAAUGAUGAAAAUUCCCCAAGAUCUUGCAGAGAGAAGGUCAUAGAUCUUAAAUUCUCCAAUAACGUGUCAGGAAGCGUCUUUUUCAAGAAGCAAGGCGGACGCGUUAGAUUCUCACCGAAAAGCUCUUACAAUUGGGAGGUCAUGGAAUACGAGCAUAUGGAGAAAAACAGACGAAAACGUGAGAAUGGCGAGAAUGAAGAUUACACGGGUUUGGCGUUGUACAGCGAAGAGGGAGAGACCAUCAUCGACGUGAUGUUCAUGUUUAUCGAACAUUUCUUGAGAAGGGCCAAAUAUGAGGUGGAAAAAUUCGAAAUAUAUAUCGAAACUGUGAAGCGCUAUAAGUUUGAAAAGAUGAUCACUGCCAACAAGGUGAUCCUCUCACAAUCCCAAGCAUUCCGUCUUCGCCAAUUCGGCAAAUUUGUCAAAAAUAUCUGCAUCAUCAAUGAGCACGAUGAAGAGUGUUUCCUUAUCCCGGACACUGAAUCGAUCAGAACCGCACAUGCCCUCUACCUCGGAUACAGCGGAAUCCUCUCGACAGCUCUUCUCGACAUGUUCGGUGCGAGAUAUUUAUUCUUACCAAAAGCCUGUAUAUGUACCAGUAUUGUAAUUAACCAGUAUAUUAAGCAAUGGGUCAACUCCUCGGUCGACAAUAAUUUUGAGCAUUUUGAAAGCCGAUGCCGACUCUCACUAAAGCCAGUGAUACUGCUUGGUGUCAAACAUGUUAAAUGGGAUGAGAAAAUGGUAGAUAGAGAAAAAUUGAAUAUGGGUGAGAGGUUCAAGCGACUUCUCGAUCAAGGCGAGCUGUUCCAAAUCUGGCAUUCGAGCGGUCAGAUGUCGGCGACUCUACGAUUGGAGCACGGUCCAGGGUGCUAUUAUUUGACAUUCACAGUCACGGGAAGAAGAGACGCCAACGGCAUCGAGAGAUUUGAAGUCUCCGACGUCCAUCGCCAAUAUCAGCAUUUCAAUUAA